GACGCCGAUAUUGCGUUACAUUGUAGCAAAAUGGCGGCUGUCAUUCAGAAUCCACUAAAAGCGUUGGGCGACCAGUUCUACAAGGACGCCAUCGAGCAGUGCCGCAGCUACAAUGCUCGCCUGUGCGCUGAACGCAGCGUCCGCCUGCCAUUUCUGGACUCACAAACCGGCGUGGCCCAGAACAACUGCUACAUCUGGAUGGAGCGACACCACCGCAGCCCCGGGGUCGCAGCCGGGCAGAUGUACACAUACCCCGCCCGUUGCUGGAGAAAGAAGAGACGGCUGCACAACGCCACGGACCCCGGCCUGGGCAUCUACGGUCUGAAGAUCGAAGGCGGCAUCAUGUCCAAGGAUAGCCUGCCCGCCCAGAGCACCACGCUGGAGGCUCUGCUGCGAGGAGGGGGGCUAGAGAAGAGGAACAGCUCUAAGAACGACGAGGACAGCCUGCUGGAGAUCCAGAGGGUCCUGGAGGCCGACGCAGCAGAAGAUGCUUUUAAUGAAGAUGACGACUUUGUGGUGGACGCUCCCAAGAAAAGACAUCGGGGCAAAGGAAGAGGUCGGGGUUCAGGCCGCAAGAAGGCAGAAGUGGAUGAAGACAAGCCAUACGUCUGUGACAACAGAUACAAACAGAAGCAGAACUCAAAGUCUUCGGCAGCAGUGUGUGCAAACAAGCGCUACAGGAACCGUACAGGGCUCAGCUACCACUACACCAAUUCCCACCUGGCAGAGGAGGGCAGGGCGGGGGAGAGGAGCUCCGUGGCGUCGAAAUCUCCCGCUGCACAACAGACUGACAGACACAAACGUCCAAAGGGUCCAAGUGGGACCAGCAUUCCCAACAACUACUGUAAUAAAUGCCAGGGCUCCAUCAAGAAAACGGGUAAAUCCGGGUCCCCCUACUCAACCUGCCAAUGCAAAACUGACCGCGGAGCAGAGAAGGAAGACGGGACUUUCACUGGAGCGGAGGAGCUGUUCGGCACCACCUCGGAGAGCGACACCUCCACCUUUCACGGCUUCGAGGACGACGACCUGGAAGAGCCCGCCACAAACAGCAAUGGAAUAUCAAAGCGACACAGAUAGAGAGAACAUUUCAGAAUUCGAAGAGACACUUUUUUUAUAUGGAUUAACCUCUGGCAAAAACCUGCUGCUUCUUUUUCAAUGUUUUUUUGUUUGCAGAAAGCACAAAGUGGUCAUUUCAGGACCGAAAUGCAAGUGGUAUUUUAUCUACUGAACAUUGUUGAAUAAUUUAUGAACACCUUUUUAUAUAUAAAUAUAUAUUAACUUUCAAGGCUAUGAACGACUGUCAGUGUUUCUGGACAAGUGUCUCCAUGCAAAACUGAAGAUUUGGAGGGCUCUUUUUCCCCUUCACUGGAGCAGAACACACGUUGUGAACAAAAACAAAAAACACUGGAGAAUUUGAACAAGUGAAAAAUGUAAAAGCUUAAAUGAUUUACAUUACGUUUGGGGAAAUGACUGAAUGUCAUUGCAGACCCGUACUUGAGCUACUGGGUGUUUUGAAUCAGUAGUGUGACUUUGAAGGUCUCAGCUUUGCUCUAACUCUGGAUUAAACUUGUGUGAAAAUGAAGGAACCAAUAAACGGAUUGCUACCGGCCACUGGAGAUGUUUGCAGAAGAAGAAUCCUUUAAAAUAUAGUCUUACAGAUACAGAGGACAUCAACAUAUGAAAGGAGCACUCAGCACAUUGGCUUGUGGCCCAGAGGCGGGGGUGACCAGUGAAGAAGACGGUUUAACUCUGGAGAAAACUAAUGAGCCCCGGUGUCCCUUCAUAUUUGGGCCUACAAUAACUGACUGAAUCAUGUGAACAGACAUCCGGCACUUCUACAGGCCAUGUGGCUCAAUUAAAGCAACUGCUCCCUUGACCAUAUGUAUCGAUCCUUCUGGAAAUUUGAAAUGCGAGUAGUUCCAGCUUCAUUUCAUCCUUUUCCUGCACUGUGCUGGAGCUCCACUGAGCUAUGGGAACACUAAAGGCCCGGCCUCUGGACUGCGGGUGCAUCUGGGGCCCAGCCGAGUCCCCGCCCCCCUCUGUGUCUGCCGUGUGUUCCCAUGUGACACUAAGACGUCAUUAUCCUCAUCACUGUGCCAGCCUGCCGCUCUGCACUGGAAACCAGCUCUGACAGCCAUGACCCUCCAACCUGAUUGGACCAGUGACCCCCUGACCCCCCCCCCCCAGCCAUAGACAUGGUGCUCAAAUCCACCACUAUUACAUGCAGACCUCUGGACUACUGUAUUAAUACCCUGACAUGGACGCUAAGGUUUCUAAUCUUUCUGCCUCUUGUUGCUCUAUAUUUCCUGGGCCUUCUCCAAUCUCAUUCUCAAUAAUUUAGCUUCUUUUUAUUUUCAUCUUUUCUCUGUUGUAUACUAUUUCUAUGUUUUGAAUUCUUUAAAGUUUGAUUAGAAUGACUUCUGGGGUUUGUUCAGACUGUAUUGAUACCUCUGUCCUGAUCAGGUGCACAAUAGCCACAACUACUCAGGCAUCUUUCAUUUCCUCUGCUGUUGAUUGUUCAGCCACUCUGCCCUGAUGUAUGUGAUUGUAUUCAGUUGGCAUGGAAGGACAAUAAGGCCACACAAAGAUGAUCCCAUCGUGAUCACCUCCCGGGAUGCUGCAGUGUCAUGCUUUACAGAAAUAAUCCCAAUAACAUGCUUCAACUUGACUGCUCUCUACUGAUUUUACCUGUCGUCACUCACCAUGCAAAACCUCUUUUCUGAUUGAUAUCAACAGUCUCAGCAGAUUGUGACAGCAGUGAGAAUCGUUCCUCAGAUGAAUUGAAAUACAUUAUUGUUGCUAGAGGGACAUUACUCAGCUCGGAUCAUAGCGAGUGAAAACCGUAAAUCCAAGUUAUGUGACAUUUCCGUUGAGUGCUUGAGAGGGCCUAAUUGCUUUAUGACAUUUAGAAGGUGCUUGCAGUGCUGUAUCAAAAAGCCUUUUAGGUCCCUAGGUUGCACACACUGUGUAAGAGGUCUGUGUCCUUCCAAGUGAUUAUUCAGUAUCGCUGCAAUGUUUUAAUAGCCGCUCCAUUUUUUUUAAGCGAACCAUUGGUCCUAUGUGUCCAUUGUGACUUGCGUAAGUGCUCGUGCAUUCAAACCAUCUUUCUCCACUUCCCUCAGGGACCCUCCACACAACAGUGUAUCUCCUCUGGACAAAGAAAGGAUCUGACGUUAUCUCUUCUCUUGUGUCAGUUAUGUGGUGUUUCCACAGUUGAAAUGGGUCAUUGUGUCUUUUUAUCUUCCAAAGUCAUGCCAGUAAAAGUGAAAGCAUGUGUUCAUAAAUCAUAAUCUGCUUAAUGUUACCUACCGUAUAUGAACAGGACGAGUGUGGUGCAGUUCUGAACAAAAGGAGAAGCUCCUAAAUGCAAAAGUCAGUGAUGUCGGCUUGGAAAUACAAGUCACCAAUCAUUGAAUAGCCCGUAUACCUCGUCAAAGACACAGCAAUAGGCCCUGGUGCUCCGGCUGAAGAGGGAGGAUCAGGGUGGGAACGGAGCCAAGAGGAGAUGAAAUGGACAUGACUGGGCGUUUGUUUCAUCUUCAGCUGUAAAUACGAGUCGAAACGGAGAGAAUGAAGAAGUCUUUGUUUGUUAAACUAUUUUUAUUGUUCUGAAAAAAUAAAGAAUGAA